AUGAAAAAAGAUUCCGAAUACAAUGAAAUGGAGCACGAAAUUAAACAUGCUCCAUUUUUAAUUCCAAAAAAUCCGGUGUAUGAAUUUUACGGAUUAAAAAUUGCACAAGUCAUGGAAGCAAUGAAAUUCAUACAAAAGAGAUCACAGUCAAGUGGAUUGCAUGAUACAUUGAGCGUGUUACUUGAUACAAUGGGUAGCAUAAAUAUAAAUUUGCCAGACGCUAUCGAGUUGUAUACCACUUACCUAAAAUUUGAAUUUAUACGUGAAAAGACAUUAUCUAAUGUUGAAGAAUUUAAACAGAGAUGGUUGGAAAACUGUAUGUUCUUUUUACACGAAAACAAAAAUAGUGUAUUUUUAUCCAUGGUUCCACAAUUGCUCAAGUUCUGGCCAAACAUUUUCGUCGGAACUCCACAGUUCAUUUACAUUAUUGCAAGUGGAAUAAACUCUGCAAUUACAAUAAAAAUACAAGGUUAUCGGCGGCGUCGAAGGCGUAGAUUCUAUCCUUGGAUUAAUAAUGUUAAUCAGACUGAAAAAUUUAUGAGCACAUCAGUUUACCUAAAAAGCUUGGAUCCUUUAAGCGCUGUCUGGCUUUUAGAGACCGUCUCCCCUACAGUAAAAAUUAUUGAGGCUCUAUUUGAAAUUAUGAUUUCUACGACAACAGAUGAAGCACGUUUUGAAAUCAUUAAUUAUAUAAAUUCGACAUUUCACUCAUGGCAAAAAAAUGAAACACCUGCAAUAGAUUUAAUGGAUGAUUUAUGGAAAAAACCUCAUCCUGCGUUAAAACGCGGGCUACUGUCAUUACAGCCAAAAGUUAAAACUAUUGCAGCUUCAAUUGGCAUACAAAUAAAAUUUUCUAACUUGGUCGAGGAGAUUUCUGAUGACAAACACAUAGAACUUGAAGAAAAUGAUGAUGGAAUAAUGGCAAUUCCAGUUCUGGUGUAUUUCCAAUAUCAAAACAAUCGAAGGAUCGCCAGUUACGUUUUACGACCAUGCAGUCUCGUAACAAAAAUUAUUGUUACUUCAUCUGAAGAAGAAGUAAAGCAACCGAAUAAUCAAAAAAAUCGGUCAUCACGUGCUGCACGUUAUCUGGCACAACGAACAACACCACAAACUUCUAGGCAUAAAAGUGCUUCAAGUAAUAUCGAGUUACCAAUAGAAGAUGGUAGCACUCAGAAUAAAACACCUCGUUCAAGAACGAGGGCGGUAACGGCUCAAACGAUGUCCUUAAGAUCUACAAUAAAUACCUCGCAGCUUUCAGGUGGCAAACGUAAGAGUACUAUUCCAACUGCGUCAUGGAAGAAGCAACCAAAAGUUCCCGAAGAAUCGUAA